AUGGUUGCUAGGGUUGAUCCGCUGGUCAACAUGGAUCAGAUUACCAGGGUUACCGUCCUAGUAAAUCUUGCCCUUGUGGUUGUUGCAGAGGUCGAUGAUCUUACGUUGGUGGUCUUAUUAAUGGCUAUGGGAUGGAAGGAAGUUCCCACAUUUAUGGCCUUUUCUCUGAUACUGAUGGGACACUCAGACUCCUUGUUCCUGCUGAGAUUAAGCUUAUACAUAUUAGGAACACAUGAAACUUACAAGACUGUAGUGAGCAAUCUGAAAGACCUUGCAAAAGACCGGGGAUGGAGAUCGGGACAACCCUGA